AACUCGAAAAUACGGAUUCUGAGAAUGUCACUGUUGAGUUAACGGAACCGUAUAUGUUAAGUAACAAUAAGUAUUUUUAUGUCUACAAUAACAAAUUGUGCGUCCGAGAAUUUGUUGAGAAAAAUUGGGCCAAUCAUGUGGGUAUACUUAAUGUAUACCCGAGAGGAGAAAAUGUAAAAGAUUUGCUACGGACUAUACAAUCAAAAAAAUCAACCGUUGAAAGUCCGUUUAUUCACACCGAUAACAUUAUGGGUCGUUGGAGUAUAAAGUUUUAUCCCCAAACUAUUAUACUCGAAGCAAAAGACGAUAAAAAAAAAAUCAGAGGUCGCAACAUAUACAUGAUAGUUAAAGAUCCCCAAAAAGGAAGAGGAGAUAAAAGGAUAAAAAAGAAAGGUUUAUCUUAUCAAGAAGAUGAAUCAAAAAAAGGACCGGCAGAAUAUGUCAAUAGCGUCCAAGUUUUGGAAAAUGAGGAUCUGCUAAUGGUUACAACAAUAGGUAUAUUCAUCUGGACUGUUAAGGAUAUAAAAGUCAAAGAUGACUCGGAGAAAAUACGAUUACACUAUUUCUGGAGCUGGAAUCACGAAAUCGAUGAAACGCAUUUAAUGGAAAGAUAUUUACCUACGCCAGACUUCAGGUUUAUUAUUGAGAACAUAAAAAAAUUCACCAAUGGAUCGGGGAAGGAAUCUCCUUUCUUCGAAGAAAUAAUUGACGACUACUUUGAGGAUCCGUUUAAACUAGACCUUUAUGGGAAAAACAUGCUUAAGACGUUGUUUACAUUGGGGAACAACGAAUUAAUUGAAAGGCUCAUAGACUCUAUCAUUAAAUUAACUGUUGAUAAUGGCGAAGGAAAUUUUGUUUCAAACAUUAGAUUGCUAAGUCUCAUUGCCUGCAAUUUUGCUCAAUUGUCGAAUCAGUACCCUAACAUUACGAAUCGUGCUUUAUCUAAAGUAGCCUUUUUUGUACCUGGAGAUGAAAAUUCAUUCAAAAUUGUCAACCAUUACUCAACUUCUAGACAUCAUCAACAUCUUGACGCCUACCCCGAAAUUUCACCAAUUAAUAUUUUAACGCCGAUAAAAUACAUCUUCAACAAUUAUUUGUAUUUUUAUAAGAAAUUACGGUUGUUUCUUGCCAGUGUGUUCUAUCCCGAUGAAGGAAAAUUGACCAUCAAAUUAGUUUUUCCUUUUCCUAAUUUUGUCCGCUAUCCUGCACAAUAUAGCACUUAUUGGGAAUUACUUUUUCCGAAUCCUAGUUCCUUUGCCGACUAUGACAAACCGCAUUUAUACAAAUGGUGGAACGGCGAAGCACUACUAGAUUUUAAGUGGAAUAAAUACGGGAAAAAAUAUUAUAUGUUGAUUUGGGCUUUUUACACAAUAUUUAUGGCAUCUUUUACGAUUUCUGCAACUUUAGAAAGUCAGCUUUCUUGGAAUGCGUUGAAAACUCUCCUGAUUUCAACAAUAGUUACAGGAGUGAUUCAUCUUCUUUUUGAAAUCAGACAAUUUGUCUAUGAUAUGAAAAGAUAUGUUGCCAGUCCUUGGAAUUAUUUUGAUUUAGGAGCAAUCUUAUUCUCGAUAAUAAGCUCCAUAAUAUGGCUUGAAUAUG